AUGGGCCUUACAAAAGCAUGGGUUAACCCUUGCGUCACUUCUGGGAUUCUUGGAUCCAACAAGUUCGCCUCGUGGUCCAAGCAGUCGGGAAAAUCGUGGGUGGUAGUAUCCAUUGAAGAGGUUGCGCCUAUGUUAAUCUUCUUGUUUGACAACAUGCAGUUUGUUUUUGGUCAAGCUAAAGGUUGGCAACAAGCAGGCGUUAUGAUGGGAAUUGGAGCGGGAGGAUCUAUCUUCAGGAUGGUUCUGGUGGCCCAUGAGAUCAAGAUGAUGCUCUCAUCUUACCGGCUUCAGCUCUUACAGCGGUUCCCGGACAUCGCAUUCCGUGUCGCCAGGUUCGAUGUGCGCGUGCUGUUGGUAUUUCCUCUAACCAAAGGUGAAGUGUGGGCACGAGCUGUUUCCGAUUUCAUCCUCAACCUCACAUACCCAAACCAUUUGAAGCUCAAAGAUGAUAGUGUCAACCCUACAGUGGGAAUGGACGUCCAUGUACGUGAGGGUCAACUACAUUGGCAUGCGCACAACAAAACUCUGGGAGAGAUGCUGCUCUAUGGCAAGAGAUGCCAACAGGCUGUGGUCCCUUGGUCCUCCUAUGGGCCCCCGCAUGUGUUUGAGGCUAUUGCUAAGGGAGGCUUUGCACGCUGUCGCCACCUUGCGAGCGACAAGCGGGGUAUGAUGCACUCGCUCAAUGGGUUUUGCAAACUGCUGGAAAUACAGGGGGGCUACCCCGCAACAUGGAUCAACAAGCAGCUGAAGACUUGGUGUGACCAAAACUUUGGCACCCAAUGCCAUCUACAUGAGCAGAUUCUAUUGACGACACAGCCGCUGGAAGAUGCAGUGUUGAACAGAAGUUUCAACUCUCCUUCGAUUUGUGUUCCCGUUGGUCAGUUGUGCCUGCGACAGUUGUGA